ACAAAUAAUUCCCCUCCAGUAACCGCCCAAAAUAAUAGUAUCCAUACCAAUUCUCCUCUAUUUAUCUCUUUCUCUGACAUCUUGGGAAAUAUAUAUACAACCUAUUCAUGCACGGCGUUUCCAGACAAAACAGUUUGAUCAGAACACAAAAAACUUUUGAUCAUUCAUACCAGAGACAGAUGGACAAGUUCCACUUUCUUUGUACAAAGUUACCAUUUCUGAUCCUUCUCUUUCUUCACCUAUUGUGUCCAGCCAACGCUGCUUUGAACAACAUCGCAACUGUUCCAUUCGGCAAAGGAUUCAGUCCGCUUUGGGGCGAACCAAACAUCAAACGAUCAGCAGAUGACAAAACCGUCCAGCUUCAUCUCAAUCAGUACACAGGUUCUGGGUUCAAAUCAUCUGAUCUCUAUAGCCAUGGAUUCUUCAGUGCAAAAAUGAAGUUGCCAUCAGACUAUACUGCAGGCGUCGUCGUAGCAUUUUAUACUACAAAUGGAGAUGUAUUUAAGAGGACGCACGAUGAAUUAGAUUUUGAGUUUUUAGGAAAUAUUCGAGGAAAGGCGUGGCGGUUUCAGACAAAUAUGUAUGGCAAUGGAAGUACCAGCAGAGGAAGAGAAGAACGAUAUUACUUGUGGUUUGACCCUUCAAGGGAAUUUCAUCGAUAUAGCAUCUUAUGGACCACCAAGAAGAUCAUAUUCUACAUCGAUAAUGUUCCAAUUCGGGAGAUGAUACGCAACCAAGAAAUGGGAGCAGAUUAUCCAUCAAAGCCUAUGGCUUUGUAUGCAACCAUUUGGGAUGCUUCAGAUUGGGCAACUUCUGGAGGCCGAUACAAGACUAACUAUAAAUAUGCUCCAUUUAUAGCUGAAUUCACUGAUCUUGCUCUUCAUGGAUGUGCGGCGGACCCUCUUGAAGAGAUUUUCAGCAGCAGCUGCACCGAGCAAGAUGAUCAACUAGACAGUGCAAGUUAUGCUAGUAUAAGUCCCAAGCAAAGGAUGGCCAUGAAGAAUUUUAGGCAUAAGCAUAUGUAUUACUCGUAUUGCUAUGAUACUUUGAGGUAUUCUGUUCCUCCACCGGAAUGCUUGAUCGAUCCAUCGGAAAAACUAAGGUUCAAGGAAACUGGGAGGUUGAAGUUUGAAGAAAGGCACAGACACCGUAGGUCAAAGAGAUCAAGAAGCCAGGAUAUAGGUGCUAGGAAUUAUGGGAACCAAGAUGAAGAUUAAUUAUUGUGAUUCUUUUGGAAUUGGAUUGUUGUGAGCAUAUACUUAUAAAAAUAUUGUGGUUUUGCGUGGUUAGAGGAUUUAGGAGGAAAAAUGAUUGAUAUGUCUAUAAAUAAUUUUGUUUGGAUUGAUGUU